CAGUUCUCCUGCUAAUGGAACAGCCCACUGCCACCUAUGCACCCCUGCCAUCGGAAAACAUUUGGUACAUCCUAUUGGUGCUUCUGUAGCUGGUUUGGCACAGGCUCAGUAAUAUCACAGCAGUUAGCCAAACGGCAGCCUGAGCGUAUACACACACAGCAAGAGUGAGGACGCAAAGAGAGAGUUGCAAGAGAGAAGCAAAGAAAUCCUCGGCUAACUCUAGAGUCUCUCAGUUUCCUGGUUGUUUUGAGAUCCCUGAUAUGACCCUGUUCAGCCCAAGAUAGCUGUUUGCGGGAGAGAUGUACGAAGACAGAGAGAUGGGGUUUGGCUUUUGAGACGCAAUGCUAAAGCUGCACCUGAUUUCUGAUGUACGCUUGCAGACGGGAGACAAACAUGGAGACAUGAGCAUGAGUGGAGAGUUGAAGUCCAGCCGCUCCAGGGCAGCGAGUAAGAGGGCCAGCAACACCAUUUAUGGAUCUGAGUUCGACUUGGACUAUGACAGCCACCACGAGGACUACAAUGACAGGGUGUAUGACUACCAGCGUGUACCGGCAUCCCUGUCUCCUCUGCCCCUGGGACCCAGUCUGGCCAAGCGAUCCCGUUCCUCCUCCUACUCCUCUGGGAACAGACGCAGUCGAGACAGAACCCACUCCAAAAGCUCCAGAGCCCACUCCACUAGUUCAUCCACAGCCAAGUUGGGAAUGGAGGAGUUGCAGGUGAUUAAAAAGGAGCUGACUCUGAUAAAGACACAGAUCGAUGGGCUGCUCGACAGUCUUGACAAAAUGGACACACAGAGGAAUGACCACAAAGGGUCUCCCCUGAGAGAGGACAGUCCAGCUGGCUCACUGUACGCUCUGUCUGCCAGCAGCCCCGAGCACUCCCUCUCCUCCCUCUCUCCACCCAGCUCCCGCCAUCGAAUCCACAGAGAGAAACCUGACCCGAGGGAGCCCGAUGAUGAUCACCACACGAUGAGCAACCACAGCUCUGACCCAGAGGAGGAAAUAUGAGGAAGGAACAUGAAAAGACGUAGAGGACAUGGAUUAAGUGCCAAACAUGGAGGAAGAGAACAACAACCGACAAGCCAACACUCAAAUUAUCCGAUAACACAAUACAUUUAUGUUAUUGUAUCACAACAGCCUGCUUUCUGUGACCAUAUUUUUAAGUCAAACUAAAAAAUGGAUACAGGUGACUUAUACAAACCAAGUACAUGCACAUCUGUUAAGAAGAAUUUGGUAGGAUGGCCUGAGAGAGUGAGAGAGUAAUUAUAAAGGAGAACUGGAAGAACGGUAGUGAAUUUAACUUUUUAUUUUCCUGCCUAAGGAGGCAUUCCUAUUUAAUUGUAAAAGAGGGUUUAUACAAAUGCCAAUAUUCCAGUAUUAAUCCAGAUACUGCAGAAUUAAUCUAAAUGAGACAAUAGGAUAUUUGAUGAAAGCCUUGUGUAAGUAGCUUACCAAUUUAUCUUGCCCACAUUAAAAGCCUUCUUCUGAAACAGGCAGCACAUACCAGCAUCAGACUGUACAUAUAGUACAUAAUGUGUCAUGUUGCUAGAGGUGCUGCAGUGUUUCUGCCGUUUCACCAGUUUUUCCAAAGAACGAAAUUCUUAUAUCUUCAAUUAGAUAACGUAGAAACAAUAAAGAACCUGGAAUAUUAAUGAAGCGUGGGCAGUUAUAAACUACGUUAACAGCAUACUUAAAUAUUAUAUUUUUCAGAACUAUGGUAUAACUAUAAUAGUGUGUGCAUGCACUGUGAAAUAAAAAUCCCUUCAGUGGAUCUCAAAGUAUUUUGACUUAUGAAAGCAAAAGAAAUUGCUACAUUCUCAAAUUUGAUCUUUCAAUAGGGCUUUUUGUUGACGCUCAACUCACCUUUUCUCUUUCUAAAAUAUCAGAAUUUAGCUAGUCAAAGUUAGUCACAGUAAUCUGUGAGAGAUUGAAUAGUAACGCUGAUCAUUCAGGAGAAACAGGUUGUUUUCAGCUUGUAAGUAUCAGUCUGCUAUACUCUAAAACUUUUCUUUCCUUUAUAUGUGUUAGAGAAAUGUUACUACUCUCUUCCAUCAUGUAUUUGGCACUUUUAAGACAUGCAGAGGCCCUGGUCAGUGUGUAAUAUUGUGUAUUAUUGUAAACUUUACUGUAAUUGUUGAACUGUCUAAUUUUAUUCUUGCUUUAGGAAUUCUCAUGUGUUUUUUAAAAGAAAACAAAGACGUUAUUCCUAUGCUGUUACAUUUUUUUGUUUGCAUUCUUCAGAUUAGCCAAGUGGAAAUACUCAUUGUCAAAGUAGUAAAGGUAUUUUCAUAUUGAGUAUAAAUACAGUACAUGGGA